AUGUCCGAUCUCGACAAGCACCACUUUGAACACAACGAGAAGGCGCCAGACUCGGCGUCUGAAAUUCACUACGAGAACGCCCAUGCUGCCGCUGAGCGUGGUCAUGCCGCCACCGACACCCAUGGUCACUCACUCGUCCAGUUCGACCCUGUGGCAGAGGCCAAGCUUGUGCGCAAGAUUGACUGGCACGUCAUCCCCUCGGUUUCUCUUCUUUACCUUUUCUGUUUCAUUGACCGUGCCAACAUCGGCAAUGCCAAGAUUGCGGGCCUCGAGAAGGCCCUUGGGCUGGUGGGAUACCAGUACAACAUCCUCAUCACGGUGUUUUACAUCUCAUACGUCACCCUGGAGAUUCCUGCCAACUUGCUGUGCAAGUACAUGGGUCCCGGCCGUUUCCUCCCCAUGAUUGCUGUCCUUUUCGGCCUCUUCUCGUUCCUGACGGCGUUCACGACCAACUUCUCGAACUGCGCCGCCGUGCGUUUCCUCCUCGGCGUGGCUGAGGCUGGAAUGCUCCCGGGUGUCGCCUACUACCUCUCCCGUUGGUACCGCAAGUCGGAAUUCGCCUUCCGAUUCGCUCUCUUCAUCGUCACGGCCCCUCUAGCUGGAGCAUUUGGCGGUCUCUUGGCAUACGGCAUUCUUCAGAUCGAUGGUAUCGGCAAGAUCCACUCCUGGCAACAGCUCUUCUUUGUCGAGGGUAUCAUUACCAUGGGACUCGGCGUUAUCACGUACUUCACCAUCACCGACAGGCCUGCUACUGCUCGCUGGCUCACAGAGGAGGAGAAGGACAUGGUGAUUGCUCGCGUGAAGACUGAGAAUGUUGGCACCACUGUGGUUCUCGACAAGAUGGACACUACCAAGGUCCUGCGCGGCAUCAUCUCGCCCAACACUCUCACCACCUCGUUCAUGUUUAUGCUCAACAAUGUCACCGUUCAGGGUCUUGCCUUCUUCCUGCCAACUAUCAUCGCCACCAUUUACCCGACGUCCACCACUGUUCACAAGCAGCUCAUGACUGUUCCUCCCUACCUGGUCGGUGCCGUCCUUGUUCUCGCGGUCAACUACACCGCCACGCGUAUCCGCAAGAUGCUUCUGUGGUUCUUCAUUCUGGCCCCGCUCAUGUCUACGGGCUACAUCAUGUUCCUCGCUACCGACAAGGCCAUGGUGCGCUACGGAGCUACCUUCCUCAUUGGAGCCGGCGCUUUCUCGUUUGGAGCUCUGUGUAACGCACAGUCGGCCGCGAACACAGUUUCGGACACUGCCCGUGCCUCUGCUAUUGGAACUACAGUUAUGGGAGGCAACAUUGGCGGACUCAUCGCUACUUGGUCGUUCCUCCCCUUUGACGCUCCCAACUACCACAUUGGCAACGGUCUCAACCUCGCCACCUCGGCCACCAUGGGUCUCACUGCUGUCGGCCUCUUCUUCUACCUGAAGUGGGACAACAAGCGUCGCGAGAAGAUUGAUGUCGACGCCGUUCUCGAUGGAAUGACCACCAAGGAGAUCGAGGACCUCGACUGGAAGCACCCUGCUUUCCGCUGGCGCUACUAA